AGUCCGUCCUGCGGCUGUCUCCUUCCCGCUGCGUUCGGCGGUUUGUCGGUGCGGAUCCAGCUUGUUCUCCCGGUUUCCCUCCUCCGGACCGAAAGCGUCUACGGCUCCGUCUCUGAGCUCCGAGUCCCGCUGUCACAGUUCGUUUGUUCUGCCUCUCGUCCAAAGUCCCCGUUCGAAGUUUGGUGUUCAGAGUUUUUCCAUCCGGUCGCUCUCCGGUGCUGUCGGUCGGGUUAGCCGUCUUCCUGGUCCGGUUCCCUCGGUAGAAGUUUCAGACAUGGGUUGGAGUGCGGUGGUCCCGGUUCUGCUGUCAGUCAUCUGUGUCCGCCUCACGGCGGGAGUCCCGGACGGACCGGACGUUCAAGUGAUCGACGUGUUGAGUCUUCAGGACUCGAAGCAGAGCGUCGCAGCGGUGGAGAAGCUGUCGGGUGGUCUGAGCACGCUCAGCGACGUCUACGUGGUGUCGACAUUGCGGCUGCCGGCGAAGUUGGGUGGAGUCCUCCUGGGUCUCUACAGCAAACAGGACAACAGGAAGUACCUGGAGGUCGCUGUCAUGGGGAAGAUCAAUAAAGUCCUGGUUCGUUAUGUCAGAGCUGACGGGAAGAUCCACACCGUUAACCUGCAGAACGCUAACCUGGCUGACGGUCGCACCCACUCCAUCAUCUUGAGACUUGGCGGUCUUCACCGUGACAACAUGCACAUGGAGCUUUACGUCAACUGCCGAUUGGCUGACUCCAGCCAGGGCCUGCCGCCAUUGGUUCCUCUGCCCAGAGAGGCGGAGAUGGUGGAGAUCAGACACGGACAGAAGGCCUACGCCCGCCUACAGGGUGCAGUGGAGUCCCUCAGGCUGGCUCUAGGGGGCAGUGUUGCUAAAGCUGGAGCUCUGACGGACUGUCCGUUCCAAGGAGACUCGUCAGCCUACAACUCAGUGAGCGGGGACGUCAACUCCAUCCUGGGUGAUCAUACCAAGGCUCUGAUUGGUCAGCUCAUCAUCUUCAACCAAAUCCUGGGAGAGCUGCGACAGGACAUCAGAGAGCAGGUUAAGGAGAUGGCUCUGAUCAGAAACACCAUCCUGGAGUGUCAGGUUUGUGGUUUCCAUGAGCCCCGCUCUCGCUGCUCUCCUAACCCCUGCUAUAAGGGCGUGUCCUGCAUGGAGAGUCUGCAGUAUCCUGGAUACACCUGUGGACCCUGCCCACCUGGAACCACCGGCAACGGGACGCACUGUCGCGACAUCGACGAGUGUGAGCUGCAGCCUUGUUUUUCUCCUGAAGCCUGUGUGAACACUGUGGGGGGGUUCAGCUGUCAGCCCUGUCCUCCUGGCCUGUGGGGGGCGCCGCUGGCUGGAACUGGUCUGGACUACGCUAAGACUCACAGACAGGACUGUGUAGACAUUGAUGAGUGCUUGGAUCUAUCAGACGCCUGCGUAUCAAACUCUGUGUGCAUCAACACUGUGGGUUCAUAUAAGUGUGGAGGCUGUAAACCUGGUUUCCUCGGCAACCAGACGUCGGGUUGCUUCCCCAGGAAGUCGUGUGCUGCGUUGACCUUCAACCCCUGUGACAGCAACGCCCACUGCACCAUGGAGAGGAACGGAGAGGUUGCUUGCAGGUGUAAUGUGGGUUGGGCUGGGAAUGGUAACACCUGUGGAGUGGACACAGACAUCGACGGCUAUCCUGACCGCUCUCUGCCCUGCAUGGACAACGACAAGCACUGCAAACAGGACAACUGCGUGUUCACACCAAACUCCGGUCAGGAGGACGCCGACAACGACGGGAUCGGAGAUCAGUGUGACGAGGACGCAGACGGAGACGGUAUCAAAAACGUGGAGGAUAACUGCCGUUUGGUCCCAAACAAAGACCAGCAGAAUUCAGACAGCGACUCGUUCGGAGAUGCCUGCGAUAACUGUCCCAACGUCCCCAACACCGACCAAAAAGACACUGACAGCAACGGACAGGGAGACGCCUGCGACCAGGACAUCGACGGGGAUGGUAUUCCUAAUGUUCUGGAUAACUGUCCAAAGGUACCGAACCCGAUGCAGACAGACAGAGACAGGGACGGAGUGGGAGACGCCUGUGACAGCUGUCCUGAACUCAGCAACCCCAUGCAGACGGACAUCGACAAUGACCUGGUGGGAGACGUUUGUGACACCAACCAGGACACGGACGGAGACGGUCACCAGGACAGCAGAGACAACUGUCCAGACAUUCCCAACAGCUCCCAACUGGACUCCGAUAACGACGGCCUCGGAGACGACUGCGACCACGACGACGACAACGACGGCGUCCUCGACGACUACGACAACUGUCGACUCAUCGUCAACCCCAACCAGAAAGACUCUGACGUGAACGGUGUUGGAGACGUCUGUGAGAACGACUUUGACAACGAUGCAGUGAUGGAUUUGAUUGACGUGUGUCCAGAGAGCGCUGAGGUCACUCUGACAGACUUCAGAGCCUAUCAGACGGUCAUCCUGGACCCAGAGGGCGACGCCCAGAUAGACCCCAAUUGGGUGGUUCUUAACCAGGGUAUGGAGAUAGUCCAGACCAUGAACAGUGAUCCUGGUUUAGCUGUGGGCUACACGGCGUUCAACGGCGUCGACUUUGAGGGAACGUUUCAUGUCAACACGGUGACUGACGACGACUACGCCGGCUUCAUCUUCGGGUACCAGGACUCAUCGAGUUUCUACGUGGUGAUGUGGAAGCAGACGGAGCAGACGUACUGGCAGUCCCUCCCCUUCAGAGCCAUGGCCCAGCCCGCCCUGCAGCUCAAGGCGGUGAAGUCCCGGACCGGACCAGGCGAGUUUCUGAGGAACGCUCUGUGGCACACCGGAGAUACACCCGGAGAGGUGAAGCUGCUCUGGAAGGAUCCGCGAAACGUCGGCUGGAAGGACAAAACCUCGUACCGCUGGCAGCUCAGCCACCGGCCGCAGGUGGGGUACAUCAGGGUGAAACUGUUCGAGGGGACAGACAUGGUGGCGGACUCUGGCGUCAUCAUCGACACCUCCAUGAGAGGGGGCAGGCUCGGCGUCUUCUGUUUCUCCCAGGAAAACAUCAUCUGGUCCAACCUGCGCUACAGAUGUAACGACACGGUGCCUGAAGACUUCCAGUCUCAUCGUAAACAAGUUCUGAUGCACAUUCAGGUCUGAGAGCAGCAGUGGAACUGAUCACACACACACACACACACACACACACACACACACACACAGAGCUGUGCUCCUCUGAAUCCUCGAAAACUGAAGCCUGAGUGUGUGUGUGUGUGUGUGUGUGUUGAAUGAAAGGGAAACGGAGCAACAUUUCUGGGGAAACACUGAUGAGAGGCACCUGAGGGCAGCUGUGGCCCCCUGGGGCUCCAUGCUGCAGGCGUCCUGCAGGCCUGCUGCAGGCGUCCUGCAGGCCUGCUGCAGGCGUGCUGUGUUGGAUGGCGUCUGUUUGGGCUCUUCGUGCGGUGUUUUCAGUCGUGUUUCUCCAGACAAACUUUCAUUCUUCAGUCGGACUUCAUGUUAUCAGUCAAGUUGAAAAAGACAAACCAUGGAAGCAGCAGAGUCCUGACGGCUGUGACACGUCUGAAGAGUUCAAAACGCCGUCCGUCCAUGAAAACAAGGCGCACAGAGGAUCCAGCGUGAUGAAGAUGAUUCAGAGCGGACAGCAGUUAAACUCCCACAGACUCUGCUGACAGGUGAUGAGCUAAUGGACGGAGCAGAAGGUGGAGAAGGUGGAACGUUCCUUUAACAUGUUUCUGUGUGUGUUCAAAUGUACAUAUCUGUGAAAUAAACCUGUCUGAC